AUGACAACGCGACAGCACGGUGCCGAGAAAUGCCGUUGCUGUCCGUACGGGUUUCAUAUAGACGUCGGUUUUGUAGCAUACGCAGAAGAUGUACGUAAAGGUGGACAAAAUCGUACGCCUACAUUGAGCCGUAAACAUGGCGAUAGACUGAUGAGUCCAUUGGACAGUAUAUUCAGCGACUCUCUGGAAAAUAUUCUCAGCGAUUUUGAUGAUGCUCUUGGCGUCACACAAGCAACAAAAGUGAAUCGGACCCUGCCCCGAGAAACCCCUGAAACCACCACUUCAAAUCCUCGACGAAUACAAAAUGGCUACGCUUCGGAUUAUACUGGUUAUUACUCAUCGUCAGAUUUUUUGGAGCUCUGUCAGGGAGAAAAUAAUUUGUAUUUGAAAUUCCACCAAGUUUUAGUUGGCCAAGGACUUGAUCGUCGAACCGACUCAAACUCUGUGUUAAACCCGCGGCCGUUUGCAUUAGAUCUAAGCGCUCCUCCAAAACCUCCACAUCGAGCAAUGACCAAUGGACGAGCUACUCCAUCAAAACAGCCGACAUCAGGUUAGUU